GUGACAGUAAAUGUCUUGGCACGCUCUCUCUGGGGCUAUCAGGGCAGCAGACUGUACAGCUCUGAUCUCUGUGUGUUGCAUUUAAAGGAAAUGAGAUUAAAUGAUAUUUGUUUUCUUUUUCUUCCCCCCACUUCUUCGUGCUGCAAAAUAACAGUGGCCAAGAGCAAAUCUAAAUACAUCUUGGUGAGGAUGAAAAGUGCUGCAGAGACUGGCUACUGUUUCAAUGUCAGGAGACUCCGAUUGCAGGAGAAGCUGGUCCUGCUGAGAUACGAUCCCAUUGCAAAACAACGUGUCCUCUUCACAGAGAAGAGAAAGAUUCGCUCUCUCUAAACAAUGAGUGGACUUGAUUUAUGCAGGAGGAGAGGAUGGUUCGGGGGGAGGACAGGGUGAAUGCUGAUUCAGAAAUCCUGCACCAUGGGUUGAAAAGAGAGGAAAUGAACUGGGAUCACCGUCUCCUGUGAUUUGAAGGCCAUUGUGAAGAAAACAAUGUAGAGAGAGAAAAUUAUUAAUGUCUGAACAUAGAUCAUCACAGUAACAUUUAUUUAUCUUUUGAGUUAUUUUUACAGUACUCAAUUAAAAAAAAAUAAAUGGCA